AUGGAAAUUAUGGGAGCAGCUGUCACUGUAGCUAAACUCCUAGGCUUGUCCAUUAAGGCGAGUAAGGCCGCGAAGGGUUUAAUUCAAUCUGUUAUUCAUGCGCCGGCGGAGCUCGUCGGGUUGGCAGCAAAGCUUGAUCGUAUUCAUUCUUGUAUUAAUCUGCUCCAAAAUAUCAUCCAGGAACUUAGUAUAUCUGAUUCCAAGAUCUUCUCACCCCCGAAUAUUCGAAAGCUUCGCUCUAUUGGCUUCUCGGACUGGAAGGUCGACUCACCUUCCGAUCAUCUGCUAUAUGGGGCUUCUGGCGCGUCUGCCUUGGAAGAAGCGCUCUUUGCGCUUGAAGUUUUUGGCUUAAGCCCAAAUUUAGAGAGCUAUGGAGGCAGGACCCCUAUAGGUAUCGCGGCAUUGAAUUGCUGGCUCAAAGGUGUUGUUGCUUUCAUCGAAGGCGGUACAGAUAUCAAUACGCCAAGGGAUAUUCCACUCAUGCAAAGCAUCGGCGAGGGCCGGAUAAGUCAGACUACGCAUUACCUUAUAUACUGUGGAGCUGACCCGAACCUUUCAGAUCCCGCGGCUCACAACUCAUGGCACAGUAUUUGGGACGCCGUUUUUGAUUCGUCCGACUACCAGCCAAAAAGCUGGAUAUACAUGCAAAUUGAAGGGGUCUUAACACAUAUGCUUCUACACAACGCGGACCUCUUCACCUUCUUCGCCACUGACACUAACUAUAUGUUUCGUGGUGUACGUUGUGAGCGGUGGUACGACUCUGUCGCUCAAAUACGCGCUUCCGAAGUAGCGAGAGCCUGGAGUUACCCUACCAAAUAUGGAGACCGUUGGUGUUCAGGGUUGGGCUGGUGGCCCCCAUCUGAUGUAAGAACAGGCUUUGAAUCAUGCUUCGAGCGUCUAGAAGAGAGUAGAUCACUUGAGAGUGCGGCCAGAUGGCUACCUGGGGGUUUAAUAUACCCGUCUUCACCGAAAAGCGUCCACGAGCCAGCGAUCGGAAGGCUUGAUCCUGUCAACGGCUGUAAAGCAGACAACUAUGAAGAUAUGUUAGAUUCAGAUUUCUUCCAAAAUGCAACGAAUUUAUAUCGCCACAUUGACACGGAGGGAGGCCGUGUGCAACUUUCACGCUUCCUGCUUGUACGAGCACUCUGCGAUGCGCUCCAGCAUGUAGGUUACCGAGCAUAG